GCGAGUGUUGGCCAAAUAAGCAAUAACAAAUUAUGAUGAGUAAAAUUCGGGUAUAAAAGCAACAGGUUUCGAAGUAGAAAGACAUCAGUUCUUAGAAACAGCUCUUCUUCGUAACAAGUCAAAACACCCAACACCAAACAAAAUCAAUAUGUCGAAAUUCUUCGCUAUCUGCUUGUUCGCCCUCAUCGCCGUUGUUGCCGCUAAGCCAGCUGUCAUUGCUCCAUUGGCCUAUUCAGCAUACUCAGCACCAUUAGUGGCAUCACCCUACACCGCUGCUUACACUUCACCAUACGCUGCUGCCUAUUCAGCUCCCUAUGCCGCAUACUCAGCCUACUCAGCCUACCCAUACGCUUCAGCCUACUCAGCAUACCCAUAUGCUGCCUCUUACUUCCGUUAAGUGCGGUCCAUAGGAUAAAAUAUUCGUUGACUGUGUAUAACGCUGCGACCUGACCUAAAUGCAACUUUAAUUACAUACUCUCUGUACUGCUGUCUUCUUCGACCACCUAUAUGGAUGAGGAUUAAUUUAAUUUCGAUUCGUUGAAAUGGGUUAUCCUCAUUGUUUUUAUUUUUCGUUUUUAACUUUUUGUUUUUUAUUUUCAUUUGAUUUUACAUCACUCAAUAAAAUGAUAAAAUGUUUUCGAACUUGAAAAAA